UACAAGUACGCGAUGACCGGCUAUGAUAGUAGAACCUUACUCGCACUAUGUCUGAUGUUCUAGGGACGUGUUGCGCGCUCGGACUCACUGCGUGCUGCGACGUCAUGACUGGAAUAUGUCUUGAUUUCAUGUCCAUACGACAUCCAUGCACAGAGCACCUCUGCAGUUGCCAGUGCUGCUCGUGCAGAAAGCCCGUCGACGACACCACAUCUGACGUUGAAAGAGCGCCUCUCAUAGUUAAGAGCAGACAACCUAGUCCCCAUCCACCGAUGCAUAGCGCUGAAUGCUCGUGAUCUUGGGCGCGCAUUCCCGUUGAUGCUGUACCAACUAGUAGCUGAGAAACUAAUUUUGUAUCAUCACUGUAUCUCAUACCACAAGAAAUUAUUACUUCCCGGGCAACUACCAGUGACUGGUAUAAUAGACAGUUCCACUUAAAUGAAGGAAUAUUUAUAAAACG